AUGAGGGUUAUGCACCGGAUUCAGGCACAUUAUCUAGUACUUCUUGCUAAGGGGACAUGGCCAGAUAGUCUUGAUCAACAUCAUGAGUUGGAUGCAGAGGAAACUGCUUUGUUACGACAGGUUGGAUUAUGUUAUAUUGUGCAUUUGCCUGAGGUUAUGACCAAUAGGGCUAUGAUUAAUACUUUGGUUGAGCGGUGGCAUUCAGAGACAUGUUAUUUUCAUCUACCGACUGGUGAGGCAUCUAUCACACUUUUGGAUGUGUGGCAUAUUUUACACAUUCCAAUAUCUGGUAGGCAAGUUACUUAUGAUCCUGAUGAUGGUAUUUCAGCUUUGUGUACAUUGUUCGAGUGUGAGGAGCAGGAUCUACAUAUCCGUGGUCAUUAUGAUAUUCAUUGGGAUGAUUUUGAUUAUGAUGAUCUCAUCGUUGUGCUUGCUUGUACUGUUGUUGGAUUAUUGAUUCCUGAUAGACAUGCCCAUGGUUUUCUUGUUGGAUGGGGACAUGUUAUACAUGAUAUGAUUAUUAAUAGAUGUUUGUUUUCUUGGGGUCCUUGUCUUCUUGUGACUUUGUAUCAUCAGAUGGAUGGGGUUGUUUACUUGCAGUAG